AUCCCAGAGAGACCGAGAUGCCGAGCACCUCCCAGGAGGACGAGGCGGGGAGCCGUAGCACCGAGGAAGCAGCGCGGACGCGGGGAGGCCGCGGCUUCCCGCUCCGGGGAGGGGGAUUGCCGUGGUUGGAAGCAGCUCUAAAAUGGAGAGGGAGGAGUUUGGGCUAGCCUGUUGUUUCUUUCGGAGUUGAGGUAAUGGCUGCAGUUGGUCUUUGGGAGACGGCGGAAGGCCCAGAGCAUGGUCUGGGCGUUACAGAGCACCUAUGAACUGACUCACAGCCUCUUCGUUUGCUGGGCCCACCGGAAUGGGGAACAGCGGCUCAGCCGUGAAGGUCUGCACAGAUCACCAAGGAGGCAUCAACUGGCUGAGCCUGAGUCCGGACGGGCAGCGCCUGCUCACAGGUAGCGAAGAUGGCACUGCACGGCUCUGGAGUACUGCAGACAGCCAGUGCCAUGGGCACUUCCAAGGACAUGAAAGUUACAUCACCUUUUGCCACUUAGAAAAUGAGGCUGCCUUCACCUGUAGUGCAGAUCAUACCAUUCGAAAGUGGGAUGUGAUGACAGGUCAGUGCCUGGCCAUUUACCGAGGACACACAUCCAUUGUUAACAGGAUCCUGGUUGCCAAAGACUAUCUCUUUAGUGGCUCCUAUGAUAGGACAGCUCGCUGUUGGAGUGUGGACAAGGAGAAACAAAUCCAGGAAUUCCGGGGCCAUCGGAACUGUGUCCUGACUCUAGCUCACUAUUCCUCCAGGGAUGUUCUUGAAGAAGAGGAGGAGGAGGAGGAGGAGAAAGUGAGCAGAGACCUCUUGGUGACAGGUAGCACAGACUGCACUGUUAAGGUCUGGUGGGUGUCCAGUGGGCGCUGUUACCAGACUCUACUGGGACACACUGGGGCUGUUUUAUGCCUUAUACUUGACGCACCAAACCGGGAGCUCUUUUCGGGCAGCACGGAUUACACCAUUCGAACCUGGAACAUUGUCACUGGUGAGCAGCUCAAAGUGUUCAAAGAGCAUCAAGGAUCAGUAAUUUGCCUAGAGCUAGUGAAUCGGCACUUGUAUUCAGGAAGCGCGGACAGGACAGUGAAGUGCUGGUUAGUAGACACUGGGGAGCGAAUCCAAACGUACAAGGCUCACAAACACAGCGUUAGCACUUUGAAAUACCACGCUGGGAUCUUGUUCACAGGAAGUGGCGAUGCCUGUGCGAGAGCCUUCAAUUCCAGAAGUGGUGUCCUGCAGAAGAUCUUCCGAGGACACAAGUUCAUCAUCAACUGUAUCCAGGUCCACAAUGAGCUGCUCUACACAGCGUCCCACGAUGGCACACUAAGGGUCUGGGACAUCCGGGGAAUGUGCAAGAGAAAUAAGCGGCGUUUGAAGAAGGAGAGGUCUGCCCAGGGCAGGGGCUCUCAGAAGGGAAGUCUGUCUCGUCUCUUCAACAACAAAGUCGGCUGUAUGGUACAGGAAGAAAAUGGGGAACAUGAGGCUGUUGAACUAAUGUGACUGCCCAGCAGAGCAGAGACCUUCCAUCAGUGACCAAAGCUGAACCUUUUGUUUUCUGCAUCAUUGUGUCCAUGUAAAUCAGAACUCGGAACGAGGUGGGAAAUGGCUUUGCUUGAACCUCUUUUUCAGGAGCCGGGAUUCUCUGUCAGAUGGACUCAAGACAGGUCUUGUUGCUGCAGAUGACUCUCAGCUGAGCAGCCCUGGGGUCAGGAGGGACUGCAGUGUGGUUCAGGUGACUUAACCUCUGUGUGUAUUUAUGACUGUCACUUACAACUGCUCAUUGGCAAUUCCCUGUGGCACGGAGGCGUUGCACACUUCUGCUGCCUGGUAGCUCAUGAGCAAGUUUUUCUCCUGCUCCUGUUGCCCACUCACCUGCCCCCAUUUUGGCCAAAUGGAAGGUGCCCUGCAGAACAGCUGUGGAUCCCAUGUUCACAGCUGAGCUUUGGGUCAGGUUUUUGAUCUGCCCAACUAACAGAGGAUGGUAUGGCUCAGCAGAAGGAGGUUAAAGCAAGCACCUUCUCUGGGGGAAGCUGGGAGUAGUAAGCAGAAAUGUCAUGGAUUUUUUUUUUAAUUUACCAAAAGCUGAAGAGUGAGCUAAAGCUGAAGACCUUUUUGUACCCAGGUCAGCUGUUUGCAGAGGCACAGCUCUUCUCCUCCUCCCAACAACCUAGUGGGUUUUUACCUUUUACAGUCUCACACUUUAAAGAUGGCAGCAUCAGUGGCCUCACAGGUGUUCUGGCUGCUGCUGGGCGUGUGCAUCCAGCUGCCCAUAGUUCUCCCAGGUGAGAAGCUCCUGCUGGCCUCCUCUGGGGUGCCUCAGCACCUGUCUGCUAGUCCCCAGAUGACCACCACCUUUGUGGGCAGUUUGGCACACUGCUUGACUGUCCUUGUGGGGGCAAUGUUUCCUUUAUAUAGCUGCUAGAAAUGUCAAGCUCCAUUUUUCAGAGAAGAGGAAAGCAAAGGAGGACUUUUUCUUUUCUUUCCUCCCUUUGAGGCUGUGUCAGGCCUUAAGUUCUAGGCCAUUAGUAGCAUUGGAUGAGCAGUCAAACUCCCCAUCUUUUCCCCAUUUCAUCCAUCUCUGAUAACCACUGAGCCAUGAAUUAACAAGGGUUCUUCUGCUUUUCUAUUUGCAGAUAACUCUCUGUAGAAUCAGUACAAAAAUAUAUAACCACGUUUUUAUUUU